AUGCGCGCUGUCCAAGUCAGCGAAUAUGUCAAGGGCCCCUUGGACCUCAAGGUCACCGAAGUCCCAACUCCAACACCGGCCGCAGACAAAUACCUCAUCGAAAUCCACUCCGCAGGAACAAACUUCUUCGACAUCCUUCAAAUCCAAGGAAAAUACCAGCACCAACCUCCGCUCCCCUGGGUCGGCGGUGCUGAAUUUGCCGGAACUAUCACCGCCCUCCCAACAUCCUCUUCCACUACCCCCAAAUUCAAAGUCGGCGACCGCGUCUUCGGCGCUACACAAGGUGCCUAUGCCACACACAUCCUCGCGCCUGAGCAAGCUCUCCUCCCCGUCCCGAACGGCUGGAGCUUCGAAGAUGCGGCCGGUCUCUUUGUUACGGCCCCAACUUCCUAUGGUGGUCUUGUCCAGCGCGCCGGCGUGAAGAGCGGUGAUUGGGUCCUUGUUCAUGCCGCCGCUGGUGGUGUUGGUCUGGCUGCUGUCCAGGUUGCCAAGGCUAUGGGCGCGACUGUUAUCGCUACAGCUGGUACCCAGAGAAAGAGAGAUAUUGCUCGGGAGUUCGGAGCGGAUUUUGUUAUUGAUUAUAGGGAUUCGAAAUGGCCCGAGCUCGUUAAGAAGCUCUGUAAGGAAAACCGGAAGGGGAACGGCACUGCCGGCGUGGAUAUCGUUUAUGACCCAGUUGGUAUGAUCGAUGCUAGUCUGAAGUGUGUUGCUUGGAAUGCUAGACUGCUGGUCAUUGGAUUUGCGGCGGGCAAGAUUGAGAAGGUUGCGCUUAAUCGUGUCUUGUUGAAGAAUGUUAGCAUUGUCGGCUUGCAUUGGGGUCAAUAUGCUCGCUUUGAGACACCAACAGUGGGUGAGGUCUGGAAGGGAAUUUUCGACCUUGUUGCACAGGGCAAGUUCCGUGGUACGGCGUUCAAGGAUGAGAGUUUUGUUGGGCUGGAGAGUGUGCCGAAGGCUUUGGCCGCACUUGGCGAGAGAGAGACUUGGGGUAAGGUCGUUGUUAAUGUGACCGGGAAUGAGAAGGCGAAGAGUAAGCUCUAA